GAUGAGCACCGUCUUGUCUUGGAAGUCGAACUAAAUCAUUACACCAUUGUCGAUUCAACGGCCAUGGAUUAGUGAUGAUCACGCACAAUUUAUCUGGAGGGUGGCGGUAGUGCGCUAAGUUAGUCCGCAUCCGCUGUUAAACAAGCAGCUGAAGAAGAGUAGAAGAACGGCCAUAGAUGCGCUUGCCUUAGUUGAGCGUGGAGACUCCAAUGUUUGGCAUGGAAAACCGACCACAGGUCCUUCCCUGGAUUUUUCCGGAAUGGGAGAAAACGGCCAUCAACCAAUGUAUCAUGUCGCUUCGCGUCAAUGAGUAAAACAAAAUGGAAACCUUUUGAUUUGAGUAUUUUUUUACUUUCGUCCAAUGACGAAUUGACUCCACUUCCAUCAAAUGAACUGGCCUUCAAUGCAGGCUGGAUUGGGAAAGAGGACGGUUUCUCUUGACAGUGAUCUAACACAUGUAGAGGUGGAAAUGGGAGGAGAAAAAUGUCCGCAAUCCCCUUGGAGGUUGAGGGCUACACUGGUGCUAUGCUCCGGAAAGUUUCAGGUGGUGGGAAAUCCACUCUUUACAUAGUGCCUCUUCAGGAUGAGUUGGACCUCUCGCCACUCCCAGCAAACGCUCCAGAGUUUGCUUUGAUGCCCAAGGCCAGCUGCAAGCACUGUUUUGUAGAGAUGCCUCUCCAAAUGUUGGCUCUACAUGACCGUAAAUGUGCUAGCCACACAAGCCCAGACUUGGAGAUGAUCUCUGAUGAUGAUGACGACGACGAAGUCCAAUUUCCAGAAGUUUUGCAAACUCCGGUGCAUUCAACUAAAGAGGACCACUGCCGUCAGCAGGAAGAGUGUGUCCGGUGUCCUAUAUGUGGCAUAUUCUUCCCCGUCCUGCUUAUUGAGGAACAUGCUAGCCAUUGUGGCCAAAGAACUGAGGACACAACCUCACCUGAGAGAGAACUCCAUACUGAAAUGGAUGAUAUCUCAUGUGAGGAAGAUGUGAUCAUGUGGCUCAAAUCAAAAGUGGAUACCAGCAAGACCUUUGAGCUCUGUGUGUCUCGAGAUAAUAUGCUCGAAAGAGGUCUGAAGUUAUGGAAGCGCAACAAAAAGGCUACACCACUUAAUCCCUUGUGGAUCAAAUUCCUUGGAGAGGCGGGGAUUGAUACAGGGGCCCUUAGAAAAGAGUUUCUGACCACAAUGGUAUCUGGGAUUGAGCAACGCCUUUUUGAAGGUGGGAAGUCCAAAAUGCCCAAAUAUUCUGUGAAUGACUUAGAUGAGGAGCUCUUCAGGAUUGCGGGUGAAAUCUUUGCUACAAGCAUUGCCCAAGGUGGACCUGCACCACGUUUCCUCCAGCGGUGGUGCUACGACUUUCUAGUAUCUGGCAAGCUCUCAUUGGAUCACGUUCUGGACCCAAGCUUAUCACCGCUAAUAACAACAGUUGCAGAGGCAUCCAACAUGACCGACUACAUUGCAGACAUUAUGGAUUGUGGCUAUACUGGCAAGAUCGACAUGGAACACAAAGAGAACAUUCUAAGAGCAAUUGGUCUGCAUGUCAUGACGAAAAGAAUGCCCAUCCUUCAGCAACUCCGUGAGGGCUUGGACAUCUAUGGCUUCUCCAAAGUGAUGCAGGCAAAGACGGAAGAGUGCCGCAGUCUGUUCGUCGCCGGAGACGACGAAUCGGUGGACUCUCAUUACAUCACUUCCCAUCUGGCGCCGGAGAUGAGCGAAAGGGGCUGCAACAAGGAGACCUAGAUCCUUGAACACUUUCAAGACUUCCUGCACGAGCUGGAAGUUGCUGAACCAGAUGCCACGUCUGAAGACAUCACAACUGUACCCUCAGCGAUGCAAUGGAUUACGGGUCAAGCCCACAGACAUCUUCUUCUUUCUGAUCGCCAGAACUUCAAGAUCACAGUGAAGUUUGACCAUGACUGUCACAAGAUGCCUAACCACACAAUCUGUUGUCCAACAGUCAGCGCUUGCACAGACACCAUAAUAUUCCCUGUUGCACACAUGUCAGACUAUGGGUCUUUCAAAAACGUCAUGACAACAGCCAUUAAAUAUGGUGCAGGAUUUGAUAGAGCGUGAUGCAUUGGGAUUCACGUGUGUAAGCCCACGUUAUAUACUCGAAUAUGGCCAAAUUCCACAGGGGAGUUGUGAAUUUGCAAAGCAUGGUCUUAACCUUUACAUACUGUUCAGGGUCCAAUUUGACCAAUUUUAACAUUGAGAGCUGUACAAACACAUAUCUGCUCGGUGGACUUUUAGAGCCAGACUCCAUGCAAAUAAGAGAGACUUUGACCUGUAUUCAUAACAAAAAAUUCAAAAAUCACCAUUAAAGCAUGUUACUUUAUUAUUUAUAUUCUAGCAGAGUUAAUUAAUCAACUAUUAAUUAAUGACUGAUGGGGAAUUUAUUAAUGUGAAUUGGGGCAGAGAAAGAACAUGAUCAGUAUGUGAGGGUUAAUCUAUUGUGUUUUUCGUUGUCUUGUUUUUUUAAGACACCCACGUUGCUUUUUUUUAAAACUUUGAUUCCCCAAUGUUAACUAACAAGAGAAAAAAAUUCACCAUCACACCAUCAAAACAUCACACCAUGAGGAUUUUUUGGAAAUCUAUGUAUUCUUGGUGAUUUACAGUUCAAUGUAUUAGCAUCCAGAUAUGCUUCUGUUCGAUUGGGAAGUCUUUUAUUAUUCCUAGACUUAUGGUCUUUUGAUAGAUUUUAAAGAUCAUUAUAGUUGUCCUCAGAAAUUCAUGUAAAAGGACAUUUUCUAGGACUAUAAACCACAAUGUUACUACACAUUUUUGCCUUUGUCUGUAAAACCAUACUUCUCUUACCAUACAUAUCUCUUAAUAGGGAAAAUGGAUAAAUAUGUAUAUAAUAAACUGUUUGGACCACUGGC